AUGUCAAAUGAUGCGUUAUUUUGUUUCCCAUGUCGUCACUUUGCUACUAACCUUUCAGCAUCUGGACAAACUACAGCUCAAAAAUGUUUUGUCAACUAUGGUUCUAAAUGCAAAAACUGGAAAGAAAUAAUAAAAUGUUUAGCUAAGCAUAGGAGGUAUGAAAGGCAUAUUAUUUCUACACAGCGUUGGUGUGAUUAUCAAUUAGUUCAAACAAAUAGUAAUCAUUCGGUAGCAAACCAAUUAAUUAAUUUUAGACAACAAAACAUUAAUGAAAAUAGAAAUCAUGUACACUUUUUGCUGAAGGCAGCACUUUAUUUAUCUAAACAAGGUUUAGCCUUUCGAGGCCACAUUGAUUCUGAAUCAUCAAAAAAUAAAGGUAAUUUUUUUGAAAUAUUAGAAAUGUUUGCAAGUGAUGAGAUGAAGUUACGGUUACAGUCCCAGUAUGGUCACUAUACUAGUUCAUCAUAUCAAAAUGAUUUUAUUCAAAUUAUUGCUACAUUAACAAGACAACAUAUACUAGGUUCAAUUAAUACAUUUGGUUUUUACACUAUUAUGGUUGAUGAAACAAAGGAUUUAUCCAAAAAGAACAAAUGA